GACUUCAACUUACGUUUGUGAGAUCCAAUUUUGACUGUGCAUAAGUAGCUGGACACUUAAACUCAUAUAAAGUUGAACAAGUAGGUACACACGCCCUACAUGACAUUUACAUGGAAAUCUCAUGCGAAUUGCCACGCAGAUGUCAUGUAGGACGUGUGUGUCUUCUUAUUCAAUUUCUUACAAGUUUAGGUGCCUACUUGUGCAUACCCAAAGUUAGAGGGCAUAAAUGCUAGUUGAGCCAAGUUAAAAUUAGCUAUUUUUAGAUUAGUCAGGACGUCGCUCUCCUCGGGUGCUGUACAUAUAGGAAGCGUUGAUGCCUUUUCUUUCAGUGUGCUUCAUAAAUAAAUACUUCUAUUAUCUGCUUUCAUCAGCUCCUCACAGUACAGUAACCUCAUUGUUGCUGAAUCUGGCCCACUUCUCAAGCCUUCUGUUCCUAUAAAACCUGCUCAUAACUUCAACCUUAAUAGCUAAUUUAUCGACAAACUAAAGCUUCUUCCAAAUACAAUCAAUCAUGAUUUCAUCAGAGGCUGCAACAAUCCACUACUUAGCACAAGAAAACCCCUCAUCAAUUCCUAUUGAUUACAGCUUCAUGCACAAAACCUUACCAGCAUUCCAGUUCAGCACAUUCUUGACCAAUAACAACAUACAAAAUUAUCAGGCCUCUUUUCCUUUUCAAGAUUUCAGUACACAGCCAUCAUGCAUCAGCAGUAACUCGACCUCUGAUGAGUCAGAGGAACACCAGCAUAGAAUCAUCGAUGAACGAAAGCAGAGGAGAAUGAUUUCUAACAGGGAAUCAGCUAGAAGAUCAAGGAUGAGGAAGCUGAGGCACCUUGAUGAACUCUGGUCCCAAGUGCUUCGUCUUCGAACAGAGAACCACAAUCUGAUCAAUAAGUUAAAUCAAGUCGCAGAAUCUCAUGAGAAAGUCGUUGAAGAGAAUAUGCAGCUCAAGGAAGAGGCCUCUGACCUUCGCCGAUUGCUUACAGACAUUCAACUCGCUAGUUCUUUCGAUGCCUUCAGUGAGCUGGACGAGGUUCCAUGCAACACUGCAGAUCAUCUCAAGGCCGAAUCAUCAAACCAAUCCACCACAUAGAAAUUUUUACUCAUCUGCUUCUCUGAAACUAUGAGUUCUUUUACUCACUUUGACGGAUUCAGAGAGGAAAGGAAGAGAAAAUUAGAGUGACCUGAAGAUAUUUUCUAUGUUUUUCCUACAUCAUGUUGAUCUAUUGUACCUGAAUAUCAACUGAGUCUUUAGUUGAAUGUGAAGCAUCCUCUUACAAGUGCACUGCGGUCUAUGUUGAUUAAACUACUGAAGUUUGCAUGCAUAACGUCAUGUAUUUCAAUUAAUUUGGACUACUCUCUCCGCGUAAUUCACUGUAUGCGCUAGAAUCAAAUCAAUGAAAGCGAAAACACCAGCAGUCCAUGAUCAACAAAUCAAAGUCGCAAUGACUAGUUUACUACAU